AUGGAAACUAGAAGAAAAGGAGUCACUUCCUGUCCGGACUCUGACAUCAGCUGCCAUUCUCCCCCAGCCGCCUCUUCAGCGUCUUACAUCACAUCCUGUUCUAUCUCCAGCAUCACAGCCAAUCGCGCGACGAUACGUGGCCAUGAUGGGGGGGGACCUGUUGCCGUGGCAACGAUGCCCCGAUUCCUGCUCGCUUUCCCCCUGUUGCUCUGGUCCCUGCGAGGGGUGUCCAGCUGCCUUCACUGCGACCGCCCCUUCUUGGACUCCGUGGCCACCUUGCUGAAGGAAAGGCUGCCCGCAGACCUGUCCGGACGGGACGCCUUAAUCGAGCAGCACAUCCGGGCCUUGGCUGAGUUGCACGGCACUUUCCUCCAGAACCACUAUGAGCGAGUACUGGAUGUCCGGGGAGUGAUGUCUAUCAAAGCUGACAUUAUUAAGCAAUUGCAGGAAAUCAAGAAACAGCCAUGGAAAGGGGUCUUUCUGUGGCAACUCUCCAUGUACCAUCUCAGGGUCUCCCUGAAAAAGCGGAUGAAGCAAACUCUCGAGCAAUUUGCUGACCUAGGUAUCUAUCCUAAAGGGAAAGCAGUGACAGAGGGCCCUGUUUUGGACUGCUGGACCUGUUUGCGUAUCGCCAUCCAGUGCUUUGACGGGGAGCUUUGUGGAGAGGAAGAUGAGCGUGUUGCAGAACAUAAAGAAAUCAUUCUCUACGUGUUCCUGGUAUGCGAGUCAGUGUUGAUUUCUUCAGCUGUCCUUGUGUAUUUGGUGUGCUUCAAACACAAAGAGAAGAUGUUGCGCAAAGCAUUGGCCCAGUAG